CGAAAGCGGAUCAUUUACGUCCGAGCAGCCGCAGGAGCAGAGGUGCAGUGUCGACGCUCCCAACUUCACUUAAGCGCGAGCCACCUGCAGAACAGGAGCCAGAACACACCUGCACGCGCCAGAAAGCUGACCUGGAGCUCACACACUGGACUUUUUUUCCCCAUUGUCAUCUCAUCAUUUAGGCGUUUACUUUCAUUUUGUGAAGCACAGCUGAGGAAGCAGUAGACAGUAGACUUGAUUGCUGCUCAGAUUUGUCCUGGCCGUCUCGAAUCGUUCAGCAUGGCUACGACCACCUGUACCAGGUUCACUGACGAAUAUCAGCUCUAUGAAGAACUGGGCAAAGGAGCCUUCUCAGUGGUGAGACGAUGCAUGAAAAACUCCACUGGACAGGAGUACGCUGCCAAAAUUAUCAACACCAAGAAGCUGUCUGCCAGGGAUCACCAGAAGUUGGAACGUGAGGCUCGUAUUUGUCGUCUGCUUAAACACCCCAACAUCGUGAGACUUCAUGACAGCAUAUCCGAAGAGGGAUUCCACUACCUUGUCUUUGAUUUGGUCACAGGAGGGGAGCUGUUUGAAGACAUUGUGGCCAGAGAAUACUAUAGUGAAGCUGAUGCCAGUCAUUGCAUACAGCAGAUUCUAGAGAGUGUAAAUCAUUGUCAUCUAAGUGGUAUUGUCCAUCGAGACUUGAAGCCGGAGAACCUGCUUUUAGCCAGCAAACUUAAGGGAGCUGCGGUGAAAUUGGCUGACUUUGGCUUGGCCAUUGAAGUGCAGGGAGACCAGCAAGCAUGGUUCGGAUUUGCUGGCACUCCUGGUUACUUGUCUCCUGAGGUGUUAAGGAAGGAGCCCUAUGGAAAACCAGUUGAUAUGUGGGCUUGUGGUGUGAUUCUCUACAUCUUGCUGGUGGGUUAUCCUCCAUUCUGGGAUGAGGAUCAACAUAGACUUUAUCAGCAGAUCAAGGCUGGUGCCUAUGAUUUUCCUUCUCCAGAGUGGGACACGGUGACCCCUGAGGCCAAAGAUCUGAUUAAUAAGAUGCUGACCAUCAACCCUGCCAAACGCAUUACUGCUGCAGAGGCCCUCAAACACCCAUGGAUCUGUCAACGCUCCACAGUGGCCUCCAUGAUGCACAGACAGGAGACUGUGGAAUGCCUGAAGAAAUUCAACGCCAGGAGAAAGCUAAAGGGAGCGAUCCUGACCACCAUGCUUGCCACAAAGACCUUCUCAAAAGGGAAUCCAUACAAGAAGCCUGAUAGUGUUAAGAUCAACAACAAAGGCAACGUAGUCACCAGCCCUAAAGAGGCAGUCCCCUCUCCUGCUCUGGAGCCUCAAACUACCGUUAUCCACAAUCCGACUGAUGGAAACAAGGUAGAAUCCUCCGAGAGUGCCAACACCACCAUAGAAGACGAGGAUGUGAAAGCACGGAAGCAGGAGAUAAUAAAAGUGACGGAGCAGCUGAUCGAGGCCAUCAACAAUGGAGAUUUUGAAGCUUAUACCAAGAUCUGUGAUCCUGGACUGACUUCUUUUGAACCCGAGGCUUUGGGGAACCUGGUGGAGGGAACAGACUUCCACAGGUUCUACUUUGAGAACUCUCUCUCUAAAAGCCACAGGCGCACCGUCCACACUAUCCUGCUGAAUCCUCAUGUGCACCUGCUGGGAGAAGACGCUGCGUGUAUAGCUUACAUCAGACUCACGCAGUACAUCGAUGCUAACAACAUGCCUCGCACCAUGCAGUCAGAGGAGACUCGGGUGUGGCAUCGCCGUGACAGCAAGUGGCAGAACAUUCACUUCCACCGCUCAGGCUCACCAACCGUGCCCACCAAUUAACGAGGCGUCAGCAGCAGCAGCACAGCUCAGUCUAAGGGACUUGAUGUUGGAUGGCCGCUGAGUGUCUGCUUUAUUCAAACCCCACCUUUACAAUUACUCUACCCUGUCAGUCUUGUUUACAUAUCGUCACUGCUGGACUUUAGCCUACACACAGGUGGGGGAGUAAUAUCAUUUUGUAUUAGGACGUGUGUGUGUGUGUGUUUGCGCGAGUGUGUGUGCGUGUGUAUGUGUGUGCAUGUACAGCUCACACACUCUCGUCAUAAAACAUCGAUGUUGAAAUCUUAUGUAUACACUUUUUUUUCUUCUUAUUUUUGUUUUUUAAAUGUAACGUUUCCAUUUUCUAUGGUGUGAAAGUAGGGAGUCACACUUGCUGAUAUAUCUUUGGGUGUGUGGGUUCAUGAGGAUAUGAAAUGUUGGAUGGCUGUACACCGUCGUACAAAUAAGUCAAAGAGUACACAGGCGGGUCCGAGCGCGUCACGUGACCCGAUCAUAUUGGAGCGAUUAGUAAUCUAGGCUCGAUAUCCGUCACUGAUCUUGACGAUAGGUUUAGCAGCAAAUCACAGCCACUUCAGUCUUGUUUCAAUGCUUUGCUAUUUUAAAAAAAAAAAAUCUAAAUCUGACAAAUGAGCUCGCUUUUGGGGUUUUUUUGGUGAAGUUUUCGUGAAGUUGUGUGAAGUGCUGUUCCUGCUUUAUCUUUUAGAGAAUCGACAGUUGACCGUGAGCUUAGUUCUGCGAGCUUUUGUUUUUUUUUUCUGUUGUAGGUUGCUACGGGCCUCAUGGGUUUAGCAUCAGUAAUGUGUAAAACUGACGAAGGAAGCACAUUAGCCUAUAGCUCGCUAUUUUAUGCUGAUGUUUUCCACCUCAUCACGUGAACACAGUAGAAACUAUUUUUCAUGAAAAGAAUAUACUUUACAAAUCAACACCAUCGGGUAAAUCGAACUGUUUUAUUUCAUUCACUUAUUGUGAGAGUUUUAUGCUUCUGUUUUCAUUUUUAUAUUGUUUACUAUCACUUGAUGGGGGGGGGGUAUUCUUGAAGAAAAAAAAAAUGAUAAUGUGUUUUUUUUUUUUUCCUGUAUUUUCACUUGUUCCUUAAUUAAUUAGCAUUAGCUGUUAUCAUGUAAUGCAUGAAACAUCUUUUAUCAACUUUUAUGUACUUCUUUUUUUUUUCUACUUUUCUUUUUUUUCUUUUCUUCAGUGUCGUGUAUUUGCUCUUGUGAUGGUUCCCUGCUCAAGGGUGAAGUAGAAUAAACGGUUUAAUAAAUGCUUUAUAUUCCAGACUGUCCAUUUAACCUGAAUUGAGAGAUCAGUAGUUAGUGCAGUGAAGUGGUUUCAAAACUAUUUAUAUUUGCUAAAUCUAUUACUGUUAUCAAUGCAAAAAAAAAAAAAAAAUGCAAAAUAGAAACAUUUCACAGAUUUAAUAUAAGAUUUAUUAUGAAUAUACAGAUUUAUUCGCAGUGCCGUUGAUAUCAUUUGAAAAGUAUUUGAUUUAAAUACCGCUCGAGUUUGUUUACUUUUGAUUUUAAAGACCUGAAUUUGAGACCGAUUAUUAAUAGUUAAAUUUACAUUCAGCGUCUGAAACAAUGCCAAUAAUAUCAGCGGUUGGAGAUGUAAGAAAAAAAUCAGUUAUCUUCUUCUGUUUUAUUUGCUCUAUUAUUAUUAUUAUUAUUAUUAUUUUUUAUUAUAAUUUUUUUUUUGUUACUUUUUUUUUAUUCUAGUCCAGUUGAUCUUUAAUUGCUGUUACUAGAAGAAAAUCCCUAAUCACACAAAACCUGUACACUAAGCAGAAAUAUAAAUACUCGAACAUUUACAAAUGACACAAUAAAGCAAAUAAAUAAACUGUGAAAACAUCCUUGUUUUUUUUUUUGUUUUGUUUGUUUGUUUUUUUCGUCAAUUAAUAAAUGAAAUAAUUUGUACAUAUGGGAUGCAUAAAGCAACAUAUGACUGCGGAAAAUCUAUCAGUGCAUGAAUAAAAUAUUUAUCUAAUUGUUUUUUUUAUUUUAUGUUUAAUGGAGUUUUAAUUUUGUGGUUUCUGUUCAUAAAAAUAUCUAACAAAAGUAAGGGAUUUUCUUUCUUUCUUUUUUUUUUUGUAAUCAUUUUUACAAGAAGUGUCCCAUGUUAAAAAAUAAAAAAUAAAAAGCCCCAGGCACCAGUACGUUGA